UUCACCUAUCGGUCCACCACGUUUCGCACCAGCGACGAUGAAAUCGGAGAGCGAUGCAACGCUCCAUUGCAUCGCGUAGACCUCCUGUCGCCUGAUAAAGCCGUUAAAGAGACGUUUCCCUCAUUGGGAUCUUCUAAAGAACGAUGUGCCAUCUUGAUUUGCCUCCCACGCAGUAGUGGGAUGCUGCACUGACAUGAAUUCGACCACACGCAAGGCCGAGCGAACAGCCACUAAAUUCGCACGCAUAUCAUAAGCAUAACCACCUAGGAGUUGGGAGGGCCCUGGGUUGGCAAUAAUAGAGGACCUUGUCAUCAAACGCGUUCAAUCAGGGGUCGAAAAAUUUACAAGACCCGCUACAGAGUAGCGGAAAUUUAAACCUUAACGCCGUUAGGUCCGUGACACAAGGUUGGCUUAGCUGCGGACGACUUGUCACACAGGUUCAACGAUGGCUGACAAGAUGGAAGAUGUGAAAUAUUCCUCUCCUGCAAGAAUAAGUGACAAAGAUUUAGGUGUGAUCCGUCGGGCCAGUCAGCCAUUUAGUCGAGCAUCGUCUAGUCUCCUAGAGUUCGCCGAGGCGGAUCCAGCAAGGUGGAAUGAUCUCCUUCCAAACAUUCUGGGUGCUCUUACUAUCGGUCUGGAGAAGGCGUUUUUCGAUGUUGUUCCAAACAACGAACAGACCUCCUCGACCAUGGAAAACUUCAACAAUGUUGAAUGUCGGGGAUUGAUCACUGAUGCUCUCAAACAGAAUCGAUGGAGGCCCUUGAUCGAGUAUGUGGAAGUGAGACUGCGACGCGCUAGGGAUACCAAUUCCCCAAAUCUUCGAUUGAUUGCUAAGCUUCUCAAUAAACAAAGUGAGUCUAAAGUUUGUAUUUUUUCCAGGGUUCUGAUUAGCUGCCAGAGCUUGCUGCCGCAUACCGUUCCCCUUUUGUUGGUGGUGCGCCUCUCACUUUCAUUAGGCACCUUGACCAACUCGACCGGGAUUCGGGAAACCGCAACCGACCACGUUAUGCCAAAGCCAUCUCAGUAGUCCAAAGCUCUGGGGUUGGGAAAUCGCGUAUGCUGACGGAGACGAGUCUUUGCCCUCCCUAUCUGCCUUCGUAGGCCGGAUAAUCCUGGUUACCCGUUAUCGGACGAGCCCGUGUCCACCUAUUUUUGGGAGC